AAAGAUACAUGGGUGCAAGUUUUCCGGCAUGUGCCGGAAGUUCCGGUUUUUCACGUGCCGGAGGGAUCAUUUUUGCAAAUCACGUAAAUCCGUUGAGAUAUUUGGAGGGGUAUGGUGGGGGUCUACUCUUUCAAACUGAGAAGUACCACCGAUUAGAAGUUCAUAAUCGAGAACGCUUUAUAACAUACGGACGCUCACGGUUGUUCUCGAAGCGUUAAUAGUAAACUUUCGCGGAAACUGCCGAUAGUUUCCGAAGAUACACGAGAUGUUUACGAAAACAUGUAUUAUUAAUCCCGGCAUGCAAUUUUAUCCGUGAAUUUAUUACAACGAUUUAGAUUGGCGCGCUAAUUAUAACUAUCCAAUGAAAAGGCGGCUUCCUUAUCGAUUCGGCUAUUGAGUAAUAUGUAAACCGAAAGUGAUUGUACAAUUUGUUAGUAAACAGAAAGUGAUUGUGAAAAUGAAGUUUCUACACGAAGGAUUUAAUACAAAAGAUAUCGAGAAGACCACAAAAAAUAAAUGGAGAUGGGAAUGGUUGUCUGAAUGUGAUCGAAACGGGGAUAACUACGGAAAAUGGCUGAAAAAGCCAGACGUUCCCGGCGUAGCUUUCUGCACUGUAUGUAGAAAAACCAUCAAGUAUGGAUCCAGCGGGAAAAAAAGAAUUAAAACGCACGCAGACGAUCCAAACCAUAUGAAAAACAAACUUACUGUGAAACAUAACCAGGUCCUUCCUGGUUCCUCCAAAGCAAAACCUGGGAUUGAAUCCAUGCAAGACAGAGUUGCCAAUCAAUGAGCCAUUACUGCUGCUUUUAUAAGUGAGCAUUGUUUGCCAUUUAGUAUUGCAGAUGACUUGGUUAAAUUUGCGCAAAGACUUGCAGAAGACAAACCUGCUCUGGACAAGACCACUCUCUCUCGAUUCAGUGUGACAUACAUAAACACUCAUGGUGUUGCUAGAACUUUUAAGGAUGAGGUUCGAGAAAAGGUAAGAGGUAAAAUGGUGUCAUUAAACCUUGAUGAAGCCACAAACAACAACAAUGACAAAAUUGUGAACAUACUAAUUUAAUAUUAUGAUGAGGAAGAGGAGAAAGUGGUUUUAAGACAUUUGGGUUCUCGUAUACAAAACAGGGCAUCUGCUAAAGACAUCAUUGGUUCCAUUGAGAGUGUACUGGAUGAAUAUGAUAUAAAUUGGUCACAAGUUGUGAGCAUGUUGAUGGACAAUUGCAGCACCAUGAGAGGAGUUAGAGGAGGUGUUGAAACUCUAGCCAGAGAAAAAAAUCCCAAUUUGUUGGAUGUUAGUGGUGACAGUGUUCACAUGGUAAAUAAUGUGGCUAAAACUUUGCUAAGUACGGUAAAUGACAGCACUCAACCAAUGUGUUCCGAUAUAUACUAUGAUAUUGAGGAAUCACCAAAGGUUAAGCAGAUAUUCCAUGAGCUUCAAACUCUAAUGAACAUUCAAUGUCCAAAACAUCUUAUCCGGCCUAUUUCGAGUAGGUUUCUACAGAUGCAAGACGUUUGUGCCAGAACUGUGGAACUGAUGGAUCCUUUGACAGUAUACUAUUACAGUUUCUUGUCUGAUGAAGAGAAAGUGAAAUACAGUUGAACGGUUCUGUUUGAUCUCUUGUCAGUCAUAUCUUUCAAGAACACAAGGUAUCUAAUGAAGCACAAUCUGCUAUAACUUUAAUGCAGAUGUCCCAAGAGAAACAGCAGAAGUCAACAACAAGUUCUGAAAGGAAAGACAGAAUAAUCGACAGUUUGUUUCUCAAUAGAUUGCAAACUGUUGUUACUUUAAAUGUGUUCCGUGGCCUGUUAGGUAUGUUUCAAGGCUAUGUGAAAUCUUUUCAGGCAGAGAAACCAUUGAUUCAUACCCUUCAUAGCAGAAUGGUAGAAAUUAUUGAAGAUUUGUUAGGUAUGUUUAUCAAGCCUGAAUAUAUUCCUGAUAAAGUUGGACAGUUACUUAAACUAAAUGUCACUGACUUAAGUAUUCAGAAGGCUGACAAAAACUUGGGUGUAGGUAAAUAUGCCUACACUGAACUGAGCAAAGCAAGACUUGACAAAGCAUGUCAUCACUGGGUGAGCAAGCUAUAUGAAAACCUUAGAACUGGUUAUGUCAUGGCAGCAAAAAAGAUUUUACAGAUGCCUAUUGCCAACAAAACAAUCAGAAUAUUAUCUGUUCUUGACCCACAUUUUGUUGGCCAUAGUCAGACAGAGAAUUCUUUUAAGAUAAUUGCUAAGAAAUUGCCCCAAGUGUUUACAGCUGAUGAACUAGGUCAGCUGUCAGUCGAUGUAGCAAGAUAUAAUGUAGAUCAGCAAGUAAAGCAGUUUGCUUCAGACUACAAAGAGGAAGAUCCUAUUGACACAGGUUUCUGGAAAAGGGUGUUUUCAUUACAGAGCUUUAACCAAGUCAAAUACCCGGCAUUGAAAAAACUUGUUACUUCUGUUUUGACUAUUUUCAGUGGCCCGUUGAUUGAAUCAACGUUCAACAUAAUGGAUGACAUUGUUGAGAAAGAUCGAACAAAAAUGACAGUAAUAAAUUAUGAAGCUGUGGCAAUUGUAAAAACUGCCUUAAGAAAGAAAAAUGUCAAAAGUACAAACAUGAAAGUGUCUGCAAAUAUGAAGAAGGCCUGCAUUUCUGCCUAUCAAACAUACAAGGAAUAUGUAAAACAAAUAAAAGAGGAAAAGCAGAGGAAACAUGAAGAAAAUCUAAAAGCAUCUGUACAGUUGCUGAAGCAAGAAAAGGCUAAAAGAGUUUCAAAGCUUUUGAGGCUUAAAAACAAAAUGUUGCUUAAAAAACAAAAAGAGGCUCCAAAAAGAAAGCUUUCCCAUUCUAAUCUGGAAGGUGGAAGUAAACAGAAAAAGGCUAAAGUCUAUGUAGAUUAAGUAACAAUAAAAACAACACAAAGUGACUUAAGUCAAAAAGUGUAAAAAAAACAUUGAUGUUUGUAAAUAGUUUACUAUUUAGUGCUAUUAUGUGUGUAUAAGAUAAACAAUGUAUGCUCUCCCUUAAUGGUUUUGAUUAUUUAGUUGCCAUUGUAGACUUAAAAUUGAAUGUGUUGUUUUAUUCAUAUUCAUUAUCAAAUGUCACUAUGUUUGAUUUUGUGUGCAUUGCUUUCUUUGUAGAAAGUUAAUGUCUUCAGGUUUGAAAUGACUUUGAUGGUUAAGCUAAUAUUUUUAUUGGUAGAUAAUAGGCCUACAUGUAGUCACUCAGCCUAUUUUUUUUGUAUAUUCUUCAUCCUUUACUAAGUUGUUUUUUAUUUAUUUAAUUUCCUUUUUUUUUCAAGAUAGGAAAUAAAGUUGUACUUUAUAAUUUUUCUUUGUGUCAUGUCAGCUAUAAGAAUAAACUUAUAUAGAUCUACUUCUGAUAUUCAGGGAAUUGCAUUUUAGGCCUUCAAAUGUGCUAUUAUGCAGGAGCUUCCGGGGGCCUCCGGCCCCCUGGACCCCUGGCCGGGCGUUGCCCUGGACCCACCGGGGGCCCUUGCGGCCCCCUGGCCCCCCACAAAAAGUUCAGGUUUUUCCAAAUUUUUAACUUGCAC